AGUGUUUUUGACAACAUCAUAGUGAGAAAGAAGUCGAAUUUUUUUAGGAUAUGAGUGAGGACUUGAUCGUUUGACUUGGAUGAACAACAAAAACCUCAAAAAUCCCAAUUUUAGUCUGCCCCCAAAAAGGCGAUUCCAAAUUAAACGAAGAUAGAGUGAGACUGCUUGCAAAUACGUGUAUCAGCCUAUAGCUUAAUCAAGAAAUCACAAUCAGAAACUGUUUCGUUAAAUUAGGAGAUUCUUCCAAGAUGUUCUUCAGGUUCCAAGCUCAUUAAAAUGAAGGUGGUAUUCUGAGAAUCAGUUCUUCCCAUACAGAUUCAUUCUACUUUGAUCUUACACCUUUGAAAAUGAGUUACCCCCAUACAAAUUCCUUCCAGUUUUCAUGGUAUUCUCAAAUCAAGAUUUGCCACCAUUAAUUUUAACUUUCCAGAAAGGUCUAAACAUACAGUUUCUACAAUGGAGCAAUCAAAAAGCGACAACCAUCUUCAAUACAAUUCCAUUCAAUCCGAGAGUAAUGAUUCUCUACCUAGAUCAUCUUCAGUUAAACCCGUGUUGAAUUAUUCCAUCAGAACAGGUGAAGAAUUUGCCCUAGAAUUCAUGCGGGACCGUGUAAACCCCAGAAUGCCCUUCGUCCAAUUUCCCACAGGUGACCCUGGUCACACAACAAACUACCUGGAACUCAAGGGCCUUUUAGGAAUUAGCCAUACGGGAUCCGAAGGUGGGUCCGAAAUCCCCAUGCUGAAUACUAUAGAAAGAACCGCAAAGGAUCUUGACAACAACAGUACACGAGGAGCUAUUCAUGAUUAUGCUUCUUCUUCUAGUGCUUCAGAUAAUUCAUCAAAAAUCAAGAUUUUAUGUAGUUUUGGUGGAAAAAUAUUACCACGUCCAAGUGAUGGAAAGCUUAGAUAUGUUGGAGGAAAUACGCGAAUUAUCCGUAUAAAAAGAGAUAUUUUUUGGCAAGAAUUACGCCAAAAAGUGAUGGAAAUUUAUAUAGAAACUUAUGCGAUAAAAUAUCAGCUUCCUGGUGAAGAUCUUGAUGCUUUAGUUUCUGUUUCUUCUGAUGAAGAUUUACAGAAUAUGAUGGAGGAAUGUAGUGUGUUAGGUAUAGGUGAAGGGUCACAAAAGCUUAGAUUGUUUCUAUUCUCUUUGAGUGACUUGGAUGAUUCCAAUUCCAUCCAUUCUAAUUCCGGAGGGGAUUCCGAAUUCCAGUUUGUAGUUGCUGUAAACGGAAUGGACAUGGGGGGUUCAAGAAAGGAAUCGAGCAUGCAUGGUUUAAUGAGAUCUUCUGCUAAUAAUCUAAACGAGCUUGAUACACAAAAUGUCGAUGUUCCAUCUUCGAUUCCCGUGUUCCCUUCCACAGGAGAUAAAUCCCCUGUAGAAACUCCAGCAUCGGUCCCACUCCAACAAAAUAUAAAAUCUCCUAGAGACGACUUGGAGGGAAAGUUACCUCCAAAAUCUAAAACAAAUGAGGAAAAACACCAUGAACAAGUACACGUGUCCUCAAAAGCUGUUACACCUAAUGAAAACGAUUCGUGUGCAACUAACAGUGUUGUGGGUCCCGAUAACUCCGGGUCUGAUCUUAUUGAUUUGAGUUACCUUGAGCCCCCGCCACCUGUCGUGCCACCUGUCGCACCCCCACGUGUUUAUCAUUCCGAGAGGAUCCCACGUGGGCCCACGGAGUUUAAUCGGUUGACCAAGUCAGAUGAUUCACUCGGUUCUCAAUUCCUUGUUUCUCAAUUACAAUCCGAUGUUGACACAUCGGAAUCCAUUGAAGAUCCACCUUCUCAAAAUGAAGAAAAUCAGGUUCAGAAUCAGAAUGAUGGUAGUGCUGCCGCCAGUGGUGGUCAUGGUCAGGCUCAGGCGGCUAGUGGUGUCACCACCACCGGUGCUCCGGCGGCUAGUGGUGGUUCCCGGGCGGAGCAUGGGGACAUUCUGAUUGAUAUAAACGACAGGUUUCCGCGUGAUUUUUUAUCUGAUGUGUUUGCAAGGGCAAUGGCGGAAGAUUCACCUGGAAUGGGUGUAUUACCACAAGAUGGAACAAAUUUGAGCAUGAACAUUGCAAAUCAUGAACCUAAAAACUGGUCCUUUUUCCAGAAAUUAGCAGGUGAUGAAUUCAGAAACAAGGAUGAUCAUGUUUCUCUUAUCGAUCAAGAUCAUCUUGUGUUUUUAUCUGGACUUCACAAUAUUAAAGAAGAAGCUUCUGUGGUUCAUAAAGAUGAUCACACUUCCAUUGAAGAUGAAGAAAAGUCAACAACAUCUUUGCAACCGAGUUACAAUCCUUCACAGAUGGAAGCCAAUGAGGGGAUACAGUUUGAGGAUUUAACAGAAAACAUGAGAGUUCCAGAUUCAGAGUAUGAGGUUGAAACAAGAAAUGAAGCACUACCUUCUAUCGAUCUUUCUCUGGGUGAUCUUGAUAUCAGUUCUUUACAGAUUAUAAGAAAUGAAGAUCUUGAAGAAUUAAGGGAGCUUGGAUCUGGUACUUUUGGUACAGUGUACCAUGGAAAAUGGAGAGGGACAGAUGUCGCGAUCAAGCGCAUCAAGAAAAGCUGUUUUGCAGGGAGAUCAUCUGAACAAGAAAGACUGACAAUAGAGUUUUGGAGGGAAGCUGAUAUUCUGUCAAAGCUUCAUCAUCCAAAUGUAAUGGCAUUUUAUGGUGUAGUACAAGAUGGACCUGAUGGAACUUUAGCUACUGUAACAGAAUUCAUGGUUGAUGGUUCAUUAAGACAUGUUUUACUUCGCAAAGAUAGGCAUCUUGAUCACCGAAAAAGGCUUAUAAUUGCAAUGGAUGCAGCAUUUGGAAUGGAAUAUCUACACUCAAAGAACAUUGUUCAUUUCGAUUUAAAAUGUGACAAUUUGUUGGUGAACAUGAAAGAUUCUUCUCGCCCUAUAUGCAAGGUAGGUGACUUUGGACUUUCAAAAAUCAAACGCAACACUUUGGUUUCAGGUGGAGUCAGAGGAACACUCCCAUGGAUGGCUCCAGAGCUACUAAAUGGUGGCAGCAAUAAAGUUUCUGAGAAGGUUGAUGUUUUCUCAUUUGGGAUUGUGUUAUGGGAGAUUCUUACUCGCGAAGAGCCAUAUGCAAAUAUGCAUUAUGGUCAAAUCAUAGGUGGUAUUGUGAACAACACACUUAGACCCACAAUUCCAAGUGAUUGUGACCCGGAGUGGAGAAGGUUGAUGGAGCAAUGUUGGGCCCCGGAUCCUGUUGUGAGGCCGUCUUUUACAGAAAUAACAAAUCAAUUACGGGUCAUGUCUGCUGCUUGUCAGCAACAGAGUAAAGGGCAUCACAAGGCGUCCUAGUAGAUUGCUUUGUUGUUCAAACGCUUAUAUAUAUACAAACAUGGUGUACUUUAUCAUGCAUAAACUCAUAUUAUUAUUAUUAUUGUAUUUGUUUCCAUUUGGAUAUUUCAUAACAUACAUGUCAAGUGGAUAUUGUACGGACGGGAGAAAUGUAAAAUGAUGAAACAAGGACUUGUUAUUUAAUA